UCUGGAUUCUAGCGUCUUGUAGGAGUAUCUUCCUUUUCUUUCCUUCCCGAGUCUCACCACGAUUGCUUUUUCAAUUGCUUUUUCCAUCUUCUUAAACUACACACCAGACCAAAUAUGCUAACGCAGACUGCAUCUGCCAAUAAUGUAAAAGCGCGCAAAAUCCGUCGCAACCAUACGGGUUGCAAGCCAUGUCGCAGAAGAGGCAAGCGAUGCGAUGAGACAAGACCCUGCUGUCAGGCUUGUGCGCGACUAUCGCUGGAAUGCAGUUAUGGCGUCGAUUUUACUUUUCGGAAUUGCAACGGAACAUUGUUGCAGAAAUAUAGAAUGACUCAGACGACACCAUCGCGAUCUGCUACUGCUAAUUCAAAGCCUAAUGUGUUGGACAACAUUGCAGGUGAAAACUGUAAUGUUCAUAUGCUCAAGUGUCUGAGUGAACUUGGAAAUUCAGAAUUACCGCCUACUCUUGUUAGUUUUGCGGACAGUCUCGAGGCUAGCUACUUUGACCAUUUCCAGAGACAUGUACGCCAUCUCCUUCCGGCAGCGUCUCUUCGAUUUACGGAUGCAUCUUUUAUCAUGUUUCCUUGUCUGCGGUUCGCAGUACUCUGUAUCGCGGCGUCGAAUCUGUCAAUGUUAGAUGCGCGCGUUCAGAGCCGCGUUCUAGCUAACGACCGUCGACGAUCUGUCUUUAGCCCAUUAGUGAAUAACUUGCAUCAUGGCAAUGCGCGAGUAUAUCACGAUCUGGCGCUGCAGUAUUGCAGUGCUGCAAAUGUUGACGAGAUUGAACACGAAGCGCCUGCAUUUGUUGCUGCGCGCGUUCUCCUAGCUUAUUACCACCAUGCAUCGACAGAUCAUCUGAGAUUUCGACUGGCAGUGUGGGAUUCUGUCCAGUUUGUGCUGCACAAUAGAACGAAGAUAAUGGCUUCGCCAGAUGGAGCCGAUGCGUUGCAGUUGUGGUACCGUUUAUGCAUGUCCCAUCGACCAGCAAAGCCACCUGCGUUGCUUCUUGAAGGAGAAGGAGCCAGCUCUUUUGGGCCGAAUCUCCUCCCGGAUGCAAAUGGUCAUCUAUAUAUGAAGUGCAUCCUGGAAAUGAAUGUGGAUGAUCUUAUCUACGACAUUCUUAUCAAGACCAUGGAGAUUCGAACAAAGAUGGUGGUCUACCGUUGCGUGGCGGGCAGCUGUCGGAUAUCUGAGCUGUCAAGCGAGAUUAGCAACGUCGCAUAUGAGAUGUUGAACAAAUUACUAGGAAGAGAUAGUGUUCCGGACGAGACUGCAGAAGCACGAGAGGGAUUUGUACGAGGCUCUCACCUACGCGGCUUGUUAGACGUGCAGAAAGAAAGACUGAAGGUGUGGAAAUCCAGACUUAAUGCGGAUCAGCUGCCGACGUUACGUAUCACACCAAGUCAAAUGAAUCAGGAUGCUUCGUCCAUGUGUCAUGGAUUUCCGACUCAUAGAGACGCCAUGAAUGCUGUAUAUUGCAUGCUCUGUGAGAUUGCCUUCGAAGAAGCAAAUGGAGCCCCCCCUGGAGGAUCCGGACACUCCACUACUCUGCUUGACAAUCUGGCAGAUAGUAUAUGCCAAAUUGCCGGCACGCUCGAUUUCACCAUGUCAAACACAUGGGAUGUGUACACGCUCAGUCUGACAGAGGUGCUCCUGCAACUUGUGCUACUGUGGCGUUCCGACAAGAUAUUUCACUACAUAUUGGAUGUCCUCUGGCCACGACUCGAGUCCAGAGGGAGAGGCUACGAGCACUCGCACUAUCCCACGCAUCUCGUCAAGCGGAUCAUAACUCAGAUUGCUGCAUAUUGGGAGCAAGAUCGGGUCAUCACGUUUGCUUUGCCAGCUGUUGCGGAAGAUACGUCGAAAUUAAAGCUAUUAGAUAUCGAUCAGCCGGUAGAUCUGGUGGUGUGCGGGUAUUAUAACACGGAUGGGAAGGAUUUUAUUGGGAAAAUAUCACUCCCGUAACGAUUGCUCUUUCUUGACACUGUCGUUAUGUUCCAGAUAUUCUAAGAGACUUCUGUUGUAUAUAUCUAGCGAUGUAAAAUAUUCAUGAGUUAA